AUGUCGUCCAAGAAGAUCGAGCAAUGGGAGAUCGAGCGGUACUGGGAGAUCUUCUCCUCGCUCGCCGGCGGGCAGUCGCGCCUGAACAGCUCGCAGGCCGCCUCCGUGCUGAGGAACAGCCGGCUGCGCGAUGACCAGCUCGAGAAGGUGUGGGACAUUGCCGACGUUGACGGUGACGGAGAGCUAGAUUUCGAGGAGUUCUGCGUGGCAAUGCGCCUGGUCUUUGAUCUCGUCAAUGGGGAAUUACAAGAAGUGCCCGCCGUGCUGCCAGACUGGCUGGUCCCGGAGUCCAAGUCGCAUCUGGUGCAUGCGACGCGUGCCCUGAGUAGUCGUCCUGAGCAAUUCGAGCGUAUAGAGGACGAGGACGACUCGCUGGGUCUGAAGGAUGGCUUUGACUGGUACAUGAACCCCGGCGACAGGGCCAAGUACGAGGAGAUCUACAGCGCGAACCGCAACCCCCGUGGCGAGACGACCUUUGAAUCGCUCCAGCCACUCUACGAAUCCCUCGACGUCCCCGACACCGACGUCCGCUCCGCCUGGAACCUCGUCAACCCCUCCGCCAGCGGCGCCAUCAACAAAGACGCCACGCUCGCCUUCCUCCACAUCCUCAAUUACCGACACGAAGGCUUCCGCAUCCCGCGCAGCAUCCCCGCGUCGCUGCGCGCCUCCUUCGAGAACAACCAAAUCGACUACCAACUCGACAACGCGCUGCCGGCCCAGCGCUACGGCACAGACGGUGGCACCGAGACCCGCACAGGGCGCAAGACCAAAUUCGGCGACACCUAUCUCAGCCGGCUGGGCGUGGGUGGCAAGGGCAGCUACCAGCCCAAGGGCACGGAUUUCAGCGACACCAUCCAGGACGAGGAGUGGGAGAAGGUCCGGCUGCGGCGGGAUCUGGCGGAGCUGGAGACCAAGCUGAACGCGGCGAACCAGGCGUCUGAUACGCGUCGCGAUCGGCCGCGGAACGAUGGCCGGCCGAACUGGGUGCUUAUCAAGAAAGAGGCGCUGCAGUUGCUCGAAUAUAAGGAGCGGGAGCUGCGGGAGUUGCGCGAGGGCGUGGGGAGGAGUAAAGAUGGUCAGGAACUCGAGCGCCUGCGGGACGAUGUUAAGACUGUCGGCGAGCAGGUCGAUGGCUUGAAGAACCAUCUGGCGCAGCGCCGUGAAGUCCUGUCUGAUGUGCGCCAGCAGAUCGAAGACGCGAGGCGUCGAUGA